AUGCAUUGCAUUAGGAGCUCAAUUCUGCAACACUUGAGACUGAGAAUCAAUGGAAGACCCGCCGAUAGUGUUUUCAAGAGUAUUGGUAUGAAUUUCUCAUCAGGAGAUGAUGGAGGCCAAGAUCAAAUCUUGAGUAAGGUUAUUGAACUGGUGAAGAAGUACGACAAAACCAAUGCCUCUAAGGUAACUGAAAGGGCUGAUUUCCAGAAAGAUUUGUCGAUGGAUAGCUUAGACAGGGUGGAGAUAGUGAUGGCCAUUGAAGAAGAGUUUUCAAUUGAGAUCCCUGAAGACAAAGCAGAUAAGCUUACUUGUUGUGGUGAUGUUGCUACCUACAUCGUUUCUGAAACUCUUCCCAAGCCCUCAUCAGAGUCUUGA